AGGCUGUGGCCCACGUUGUCGUUAAAGAAACGCCACGAUGCAAAUUUUCGUGAAAACUCUCACUGGUAAGACCAUCACCCUUGAGGUCGAGCCAUCAGACACCAUCGAAAAUGUAAAAGCGAAAAUUCAGGACAAGGAAGGCAUACCUCCCGAUCAGCAGCGUUUGAUCUUCGCUGGUAAGCAGUUGGAAGAUGGACGUACCCUAUCCGACUACAACAUCCAGAAGGAAUCCACCCUUCACUUGGUGCUCAGAUUGAGAGGAGGUAUUAUUGAACCUUCUCUGCGUAUUUUGGCGCAAAAGUACAAUUGCGACAAGAUGAUCUGCCGUAAGUGCUAUGCAAGACUGCACCCACGUGCUACCAACUGCCGUAAGACCAAGUGUGGACACACCAACAAUCUCCGCCCCAAGAAGAAGCUGAAGUAGAGCGGAUUAAGUUUUAUUGGAUUCUCUUACAUAUGUUUAAUAAUAACACUGUAAAAUGUUGUGUAUGUAAGGGCUAUUCAACAAUAUAAGUAUAUCACAACUA